AUGUCUACGCAAGUGAAGCCUGAUGAUGCUCCCCACAUUACCCACGAUGAGAUGGCCCACGACCACGAGCUGCAAGGCUGGGUGGGUCUGGCUGAGGAUGCUCGGAAUGCGACGAUUCAAGAGCACAGCUUGACCUUCGUUCAGGCUGUCAAGUUGUACCCGAAAGCAUGCAUGUGGACGAUGGUUGUAUCUCUCGUUGUCAUUCUGGAUGGAUACGAUACCGCUCUCAUCGGCUCACUCUUCGGUUUCCCGGCCUUCCAGCAGAAGUUCGGCCAUGAGACCAGCAAGGCGGGAUCCUAUCAGCUGGAACCCAAAUGGCAAACUGCGCUCGGCCUCGCGAGUCCAUUGGGAAACAUAGUCGGUAUCUACAUCAAUGCAUUCCUGACUGAGCGCUGGGGCCAUAAGAAGACUUGUCUCGGGACGUUGGGCUUCCUGGUGGCCGUUCUCUUCAUGCCCUUCUUCGCAACGCGAGUCGAGGUCCUCUUUGUGGGAGAGCUUCUUUGCGGUCUUGCCUGGGGUGUGUUUACCACGUUGGCCCCGGCAUAUGCCUCUGAAGUUGCACCCGUCGUACUACGAUCCUACCUCGAGACCUACGUCGUUCUCUGCUGGGGUAUCGGACAAUUCGUCGCCACCGGUAUCCUAGACAGUCUUGAUAAACGUACUGGACAGUGGGCCUGGCGGAUACCACUUGCUGUGCAGUGGGUCUGGCCAGUCAUCAUCGUUCCGGUGCUCGUCUUCGCCCCUGAGUCUCCAUGGUGGCUAGUUCGCAAGGGUCGCAUCCAGGAAGCAGAGAAGUCGAUGAAGCGUCUCACCUCUUCACCAGACCCCGACUAUGCCAAGAAAUCCGUCGCACUCAUGCUUCAGACUACAGAGCUGGAAAAGGUGAUGACCGAGGGUGCAUCGUUCAUUGAUUGCUUCCGUGGCUCUAAUGCGUGGCGCACCGAGAUUGGCUGCAUUGUCUGGACCUCUCAAGUCCUCUGCGGUUUUGCCAUCACCUCUUACGCCACUUACUUUUAUGAGCAGGCUGGCCUGUCCACCUCUGAUGCAUACAAAAUGUCCGUUGGCCAGUCUGGUCUUCACUUCUUAUGCACGUUACUCUCGGUUUUCAUUACCGGUAACUUCGGUCGUCGCCCUGUUCUAUUCUUCGGAUACAGUGGGAUGUGCAUGUCCAUGCUUCUCAUCGGUAUCAUGUCUUGUGUGAAACAAACCACAGGCCUCGGCUAUGGAGAGUCCGCAAUGUACCUUCUUUGGUACGUUUUCUACGAACUGACCAUUGGUCCGAUCGCAUUUAUUAUUGUUGGAGAAAUUUCUUCUACUCGCCUCCGAUCGAAGAGUAUUUCCCUUGCGCGUAAUGCCUACAAUGUCGCCAAUGUGUUCAGCUCAACUGUUGCUCCUUAUACGCUCAAUCCCACGGCAGGUGACUGGAAGGGAAAGACUGCAUUUUUGGCUGCUGGAUUCACUAUCUUCAUUCUUGUCUGGGCGUAUUUCCGACUCCCUGAAUCCCGUGGACGCACAUAUGAGGAGCUUGAUAUCCUGUUUUCUAGAGAUUUGAAGGCAUGGGAGUUCAGAGAUGCGCAGAUUGAUGAGGAUGCUGCAGAGGUUAUUACCAAGCAGGGAUAA